AUGAAAAGUUAUUCAUUGACAGAGAUCAGCCCACAUGCCAAAUCUCUAUUAGAUGAAUCGCCUGCAGAUCCGAAAGUAUUUAUAGCUUGUAAAGUUUUCGAAGAUGAUGAAACAUCAGAUCUAUUAUACGUUGUUUCACUCGAAUUGGGUGUAAUGAGAGGGGAUAAAGUCAAGUCCAAAGAAGUUUUCAAACGUGCUGGUGAUUUUGAAGCAUUUGAUAAAAUAAUACAAACUUAUUUUAGAGAAUUUAAAUUCCUCGAUCCUCUUCCGUCAAAAAAGGCUCUCGUACGAUAUGAAAAGCUUACGGAUGAACAAAGAAUCGAAUCUAUCGAAUCAUACUUCUUCAAACUUCUACAAAUUCCUGGAAUUGUAAUUCUUCCUGCUUUUCUCGAGUUUUUCAAUCUUGAUGCAGAUUUGUUUAUGCAAGAAUAA